CGUCUUCAUUAGUGGAACUGUUACACCAAGUUAUUCACGUGUUGAUAACAUUCUAUUGAAGUUCAUCGUAACACAGAAAAUCCUGUAUUUACAACAUUAUUACCUAUAAGCUAUCCACCAUGAUGAAAAUAGGACAUCCUUUGUUUACCCUGCUAAUUCUGUCGAUGGUGAUUGUAAGCUUUGGAGACAAAGUGAAAAAUAUAUAUACAUGGAAAUUUCCUGAAUUUGAAUGGCUUUCUAAGGAACAGGAGGAAGACGCGAUAAGUUCUGGUAUCUAUAACUCUUCCAGGUGCGUGUUCGAAGAUGCAGAUGAAGCAGAAGAUGGAAGAAUAUUCAUUACUGUUUCCAACAUAAAUACACAUGCUUCACCUGCUACUUUGACGACAGUAACUAAUAAGACAGGACUAGGAGGUCCAAUUUUGCGACCAUACCCAGAUUGGAGUUGGUAUAAUAGCAGCUAUAUGUGUGAUGGUAUUAUAAAUGUUUAUCGAAUAGACAUUCGAUGCAAUCACCUCUUCGUUAUGGAUAUCGGCAAAAUCGGAACCGAUCGAAUCUGUAAUCCAAAACUAUUGAUUUUCAAUUUAAAAGAUGAUACAUUGGUUAAAAUUAUUUAUAUUCCAAUUGAUACUGCUACUGACAAAACGGACUCUGGAUUAUUGGUAAUGCCUUUGGUUUAUAUUCCAAAUGGGAAAUGCACGCAGUUUCUGGAUGAUAUGAUAGUAUUUAUAACUGAUACGGGAGAUUCCAGUUUAGUAGUGUAUAACUCGUUUACAAAGAGUAUGUGCACAGUCGAAUCUGAUUACAUGAAACCGACUGAUACUUUCUUCUCUGUAGCGGGCGAAAAUUUUACGUAUGUGGGCGGUAUCUUCAGUAUAACAGUUCUUGACGAUGAUCUCUAUUUUGCUGCUGUAUCAGGAAAGGAAAUAUACAAAAUACAGAUAAAAAACUUACUAGAAUGUCCAAACAAAGAAAAGGCUAAUGAACAAACUCAACUUGUUAAAAAAUUAUCAAGCCAGACGGUAGUUCUCACAUCAGCAGGACAAUCAAUAUUUUAUAGCGAUUUUCAGGCAAUGUCUAUUCUACGCAUGACAAAAUCCGAUAACUAUGAAACGGAGAUGUUAGCACAAGACAGCGAAAAUUUUCAAUCUAUAAGUUCGAUGAAAAUUUCAAGUAAUGGAUGUCAGCUGAAGUGCAUAUCUGAUAGAUUUCAACUUUAUGCUUUGAACAAAUUAAAUACAAAUGAAACAAAUGUCCGUUAUUUCAAAAUAAAUUUGUGCUAAAAGAAACAUAGAAUUAGAAGAUAAAUUAGCAACUCUACACUGAAAGAAAAGAUUGGUUGCUACAGCAAAUUAGAUGAUUAAAU